AUGGGAGAAAAAUCCAGAAGCACACUAACUUCUCCAACAUGCUUUAAGUGGCUCCGCGGUGCUGGGGGGGAAUCACGGCCGGUCUCUGAGGGGCUCCGCAGCCGCCGGGGCGCGCAGGGGGGAGCCCGGGAGUCGCGUCCCUGCCCGGGCGGCGCGGGGGUGUCCCCGGGGCCGGAGCGCCCUCACGGGCGCUUGGCCGAUCGCCCCAGGGAAAGCACUCCAGGCAAGCGGCGGCGUUCCCGGGGAUCCGAGGCCGGCCCGUCCGGGCCGCGCACUCCAAGUUCUCCCGCGCCGGGCGCCGUGCCUGCUCUCGAUUCCUGGAGGCGGCGGCGUCCCGCCCGCUCCCAGCGUUGUCGAGCCGUCCCCUUCCCCCGCUCCCGGCCGCCCGCCCGGAGUUUCCUUCCCCCGCCCCCGCGGGCCCCUCUUCCGGCCAUUGCCCGCGUUCCCUCCGCCCCGGUCACACACACGGCCCCCGACCGCGGAGCGCCCGGCCCCGCUGGGUUUUGUUCCCAACUCCGCCUCGGCCCUUCUCCCGCUGCCCCCCGCCCCCCGCCAGUCCCCUCCCAGCCCCGUCCCAGCCCCUGCCUUAGCCGGCAGUCCCUCCCUCCCUCGGCCGCCUUCAUUUCAUACCAACUCUCAUUCCUCGCAUUCCUCACUUCCUCCUUUCAAACUCCAGGGGAAAUAAAAACCCUCCCUUUUCCUCCCAAACUCCUGCCCGGCCGCCCCCCCCCGUCCCGCCGCCGCCCGGGCUCGCCGUCCCGCCGGCCGCGCCGCGCUCCUCAGAAAGUCCUGGAGCUGAAGGAGGAUUUGAAGCCGGUCCCCGCUGCCCCUGCGGAACAGCAGCCGCUCUUGCCUCGCUCAGGUUCUGAGUCUGCUCCUCCGCGUGGCACCUUGGAGUUUCUAGCUGGCACCAUUACCUCCAACGAGUGGAGUUCUCCCACCUCCCCUGAGGGGAGCAACGACUCGGGGGGCAGCGAGGCCUUGGACAAACCCAUCGACAAUGAUGCCGAGGGCGUGUGGAGUCCGGACAUCGAGCAGAGCUUCCAGGAAGCGCUAGCCAUCUACCCGCCAUGCGGCCGGCGCAAGAUUAUCUUGUCAGACGAAGGCAAGAUGUAUGGCCGAAAUGAGUUGAUUGCCCGCUAUAUUAAGCUGAGAACAGGGAAAACACGCACAAGGAAACAGGUAUCUAGUCACAUCCAGGUCCUGGCAAGGCGGAAAGCUAGAGAGAUCCAAGCCAAGCUCAAGGAUCAGGCAGCAAAAGAUAAAGCCAUGCAGAGUAUGGCUACAAUGUCAUCUGCCCAGAUUAUCUCUGCAACUGCCUUCCAUAGUAAAAUGGGCUUGCCUGGUCUCCCACGACCAGCCUACCCUGCUGUUUCUGGGUUUUGGCAAGGACCAUUGCCAGGCCAAGCUGGAUCUUCCCAGGACGUGAAACCUUUUUCUCAACAACCUUAUGCUGUACAGCCUCCGCUUCCAAUACCAGGGUUUGAAUCUCCUACUGGCCUCUCACCUUCCCCGUCAGCACCAGCUUGGCAAGGACGAAGGGUUGCUAGCUCCAAACUUUGGAUGUUAGAGUUCUCUGCAUUCUUGGAACAACAACAAGACCAAGACACAUAUAACAAACACCUGUUUGUGCACAUUGGGCAGUCAAGCCCCAGCUACAAUGACCCCUACCUCGAGGCAGUGGAUAUCCGGCAGAUCUAUGACAAGUUCCCUGAGAAGAAAGGGGGCCUGAAGGAGCUCUUUGAAAGGGGGCCAGCUAAUGCCUUCUUCCUUGUCAAAUUCUGGGCUGAUUUGAAUACCAAUAUUGAAGAUGAAUCCAGAUCUUUUUAUGGUGUUUCCAGCCAGUAUGAGAGCCCAGAAAACAUGGUCAUUACCUGUUCUACCAAAGUGUGUUCCUUUGGAAAGCAGGUGGUAGAGAAAGUAGAGACAGAGUAUGCACGCUAUGAAAAUGGACACUAUUCCUACCGCAUCCACCGCUCCCCUCUCUGCGAAUACAUGAUCAACUUCAUCCAUAAACUCAAGCACCUUCCUGAGAAGUACAUGAUGAACAGUGUGCUGGAGAACUUCACUAUCUUACAGGUUGUGACAAACAGGGACACACAGGAGACCUUGCUGUGCAUAGCAUAUGUUUUUGAAGUAUCAACUAGUGACCACGGUGCCCAACAUCACAUCUACCGGCUGGUGAAGGACUAGAGACUCUCUGCCCUGAGUUGUCCAUGGAAUGCAUGUCUAAGAAAAAAGUCUGUGCUUGAACAACCCCUGCCCCUCCCCAAACCAAACUGAAAAAUAAACUGCAGAUAUUGUGUAUUUUCAGAAAAGUACCUCUGAGCUGGUUUGUGAUUGAUAGAGUGAAGUUUCCAUGUUCUCCAGGUUUGU